GAAAGAAGUUGUAAAAGACUUUAAAAUAAUGCGAUUAAUAAUAAUGAUAAAGAGACGAGAGAGAGAGAGAGAAGAACACGAUGCCACCUCCAAGCGGGCAAAGCUGGAUUAGAUUUUUAUCAAUUCUCUCCAGCUGCCUUCCUCCCCCAUCUUCCUCGGGUGUGCAUACUGAAUUAGGGUUUACAUAAGAAUCGGCUUGCUGCUUGCUGGGGGGAGAAGAGGAUAUAGAAGACAAUGGGGGUUAUGUCCAGACGGGUUUUACCCGCCUGUGGUAACCUCUGUUUCUUCUGUCCUUCCUUGAGGGCUAGGUCUAGGCAUCCCGUUAAACGCUACAAGAAGAUGCUCGCUGAGAUUUUUCCUCGUAAUCAGGAUGCUGAGCCAAAUGAUAGAAAAAUUGGCAAGCUUUGUGAGUAUGCGUCAAGGAACCCUUUACGAAUCCCAAAGAUUACAGAGUACCUUGAGCAGAAAUGUUACAAAGAGUUGCGACAUGGAAACAUCGGAUCAGUUAAAGUCGUCUUGUGCAUUUACAAGAAGUUGCUUUCAUCAUGUAAGGAGCAGAUGCCUCUGUUUUCGUGUAGUUUGCUAAGUGUUGUCCGAACUCUUUUGGAGCAAACAAGAGAUGAAGAAGUGCAGAUCUUGGGUUGCAAUACCCUUGUUGACUUUAUUAGCUUACAGACUGAGAAUUCACACAUGUUCAACUUAGAAGGUCUAAUCCCUAAGCUUUGUCAACUUGCUCAAGAAAUGGGAGAUGAUGAGAGAUCCCUCCGUUUAAGGUCUGCAGGAAUGCAGGCUUUGGCAUUCAUGGUUUCUUUUAUUGGUGAGCAUGCCCAACUAUCAAUGGACUUGGAUAUGAUUAUUACUGUGAUUCUGGAGAACUACAUGGACUUGGAGAAGGGCCAAGAAGAUACCAACAUGAGUGAAAAGGUUUCUUUCAAACCAAAUCCUGUGACUGACUUUAAGUUGGAAAACAUGGACAUUUCGAAGAGCCCCUCGUACUGGUCUAUGGUAUGCCUUUGCAAUAUAGCCAAAUUAGCAAAGGAAACUACAACUGUUCGUCGUGUUCUGGAACCUCUUUUGAAUGCUUUUGACAGUGGAGAUUACUGGUCUCCAGAGAAGGGCGUUGCCUCUUCUGUUUUGUUGUUUCUUCAGUCUCGUCUGGAAGAAUCAGGAGAAAACUGUCAUGUGCUGGUAUCUUCUUUGAUCAAGCACUUGGAUCAUAAGAAUGUGAUGAAGCAACUAGGGAUUCAAGUUAACAUGGUUAAUGUAGCUACAUGCCUUGCGCUACAUGCUAAACAGCAAACUUCAGCAGCGAUGACUGCUGUAAUCGCCGACUUGAUUAAACACUUGCGGAAAUGCCUGCAGAAUGCAGCUGAGUCAGAUCUGUCUGCUGAUGUAUCUAAGCAGAACUGUGACUUGCAGCAAGCUUUAGAUAAGUGCAUCGCUGAGCUCUCAAAUAAGGUUGGAGAUGUAGGGCCCAUUCUUGAUAUGGUAGCGGUGAUUCUUGAAAUGGUAUCUAAUAAUGUACUAGUUGCUAGGACCACAGCAUCAGCCAUUCUCCGUGCUGCACAUAUAGUAUCGGUGGUCCCAAAUGUUUCUUACCACAAGAAAGUAUUCCCUGAUGCCUUGUUUCACCAACUUCUCCUUGCCAUGUCCCACACAGAUUAUGAAACUAGAGUUGAUGCACACAAUAUAUUCUCCGUCCUGCUUCUUCGAACUCUUCUUUUGCCUUGGUCAGACCAAUAUAAGGAAACCUCAGAUGCUGUGAGGAGCCAGAGUAUCAGUUUACAGGAGGAAGAGAGAGAUAAAGUUGAGGAAAUCUUAGACAAUGAUCUGCGUAAAGAUGUAAACCACAUUUCUCAUCCAAGUGGUCUUAGUUGUCAGUCCUUGGAUAGCUUAAAGGAUGGUGCUAUAAAGUCGUUAUGUUCACUUCGACUGAGUAGUCACCAAGUAAAUAUGCUCCUUACAUCACUAUGGAUCCAAGCAACUUCUACCGAGAACACCCCUGCAAAUUUUGAGGCAAUGGCUAUCACGUUUAAUACCACUCUUUUGUUUUCACUAGCAAAGAAAUCAAAUCAUAUGGCUCUGGUGCGGUGUUUUCAGCUUGCGUUCUCGCUUCGGAAUCUCUCAUUGAAUCAAGAUGGAGGGUUGCAGCUCUCUCGUAGAAGAUCAAUCUUCACGUUUGCAUCGUAUUUACUCAUUUUCAGUGCCAAUAUUUCUAGUAUACCGGAGCUAAUUCCAGUUGUCAAAGAGUCUUUAACUAGCCAAAUGGUUGAUCCUUAUCUUGUACUGGAAGGAGAUAUCAGACUGCGUGCUGGUUGUUCUGGAUUUCCACGUGAAGAAGAAGUGGUAGCAUAUGGAUCUGAGAAAGAUGAUAGUUCUCCCCUCAACUCGUCAGAGAUUGCCACAAAUGAUAGUCGCCUUAAGGAAAUCGUUAUCAGUCAUUUCACAUCGAGAUUCCAGACAUUAUCCGAGGAGGAGCAAUCAAAUUUGAGAAAGGAAAUUGAGUCAGAUUUUUCACGAGAUGAUGCAUACCCGCUUGGGGCACCAUUGUUCAUGGAUACACCAGGACCUGGUUCUCCUCUUAAUCAAAUAGAACUUCCAGCUUUUGAAGAGGAUGAGCUUUCAGAAAUAGAAGGAAUUUCACCGGGGGCUAGUGGGAGUCACAGAACGUCCUUGUCCACUAACACUAACCCUGUAGAUGUUCUGAGUAUCAACGAGUUGUUAGAAUCGGUAUCAGAAACUGCUAGGCAAGUUGCAAGUCUCCCUGUUUCCUCCCUUCCUGUACCUUACGACCAGAUGAUGAAUCAGUGUGAAGCUCUUGUGACGGGCAAGCAGCAGAAGAUGUCUGUGCUUCGAAGUUUCAAACCCCAAUCAACCAAAGCUAUAACUUUCUCAGAAGAUGAUGAAAAGGAGGAACUCCUACUUCUCAAGGAGACAGAAGAAGCUGAUGAAGAUGAUCAGAAGGCACUCACUGUGGCACAAGUCCAACCUCAAGGCCAGUACUCGUUCUGCUCACUCGAAGCGGAACAAAACUCUUUUCGGUUACCUCCUUCAAGCCCCUACGAUAAAUUCUUGAAAGCAGCUGGAUGUUAAAACCCCGGUGCAUUCGUAUAUAUAUAUAUAUACACACACGGCGUAAUAUAUAUAUUAUCACGUGUAAUCAUGUGCUUCAUAUAAUUCAAAUAGUCACAUCUUGGCUCUUGUUUGGAAGCAACUGUGAUUGAUUCAUUCCAUUUGUAUGUUGUGAUGAAACAAAAAAUGUUGUAUCAUUAAGGAAAGCAUUUGCGUAACCAAGAACAGAAGCAGCGUAAAGUCGUGCAGAAACUUGAAUUGUCUUCUUCGUUGUCUUUUGUACUUUGAUGUGAAGUUUUGUUAAUUGUUUGUCUUUUUUUGUCGUGAGCUGCGUGUGUGUGUGUGUUUUGUACGAAUUGGAGUUUGAAACAAAGUCUUGUUGUUUAUGGUUUC